ACCCGCUCUCGCUUUACACAUUACGGGGCGAGCCCAGGUCGGGCCGGAGAAGUCAAUUCCAGUAACCAAUCCCAUCCGCUCACGUACGGAAGUUGCAGUAAGCGGCAGCAGCAACGGCAGCACACCAGCAACAAGCACGGCAGCAAUAUACCAGCAGCGCAGAAGCAGCAGAUCCCGGGGACCUAUCGAUAUACCAGCGCCGACACGGGUGCGUUAAACGAUCAUUCGAACUCGAUCGAACGAGAACGCUUCGUCCCGAGCUACGCUGAGCUGAGCCGAGCAGAGCGAGAGAAAUUUUGUACCCCUGUUUGGAGUGAUUGCAUCGAAACGGCACAAACGCAGAUUCAAUAAUAUACACACGCUUGUCGUGCAAACGUGUCGGGUAGUUUCAGAGUUCCCGAGCCCGUGUUAUUUUUGUGUGAUUUUUUCGCCUUGCAAGGUGAAAGUGAAACGGUUUUGGUUUUUCGACCACAACAAACAGUGGAAAAGAUCGUGCCAAUUUAGUGACGGAUUCUUUUUUGCGAGUAAAAGGAUGAUACUUUCCUCACAAACGUGUGAAUAGUUCUAUUGCAUCGUGACCGUAUAAGGAAGUUGUGAGGAAAAAGUGACACAAAAGCGGGUUUUAAAAGCUAGCUUUGAGGAGCAGUGCACUUUAAUAAACGACUCUACGAGUGGAUUUAAGUGUUGGAAAGCCGCUUCAUAAUACCAGACGAGCAGUUGUGUCAAGACUAUUGCAACGUUAAAGCAAUCACCCGAAAGGCAUUAAUCAUCGUGUUCCGGCGGAACACAUUGUGGCCCCGAUUGAGUGAGAUUUGGUACGGCGGCUUACACCCGUCCCGGCACGUAGGCGAUAGGAGUCGAGACGAUCCCACCACCCAGCAAAAGGGGGCAAGACAGCGAGAGACAGACAGACAGACAGCGCGCAUCAUCAGCGGCAGAGCGUCGAUCUUCACCGAGCGGCCGACGGAACCACCGGAGCACCGAGCACCGGUAAAGCAUUAACACCUUACAUUAGACGCGCCAGCAACAUACACCACCACCAUGUUUGCGGUAAUGCGUAUUGACAACGACGACCGUAGGGCCGACUUCCGUCGCAAGAUGCGACCAAAGUGCGAAUUCGUCUGCAAGUACUGCCAGCGGCGCUUCACCAAACCGUACAACCUGAUGAUCCACGAGCGCACGCACAAAAGCCCGGAGGUGACGUUCUCCUGCGAGGUUUGCGGCAAAUACUUCAAGCGGCAGGACAAUCUACGCUCGCACAGAUGCAGUCAAUGUAUUUGGCGAUCCAUCCAUAUGGAUAGGACAAUGAACGGUAACAACAAUCGAGCAUACUGAGCUCUAGUUUCGGCGGAUUGCUUUACCCUUGCUUGUCUUGUUUUUUUUUUACUUUAUUUUUUCUGCUAAAUCUUUACAACACAUAAAAAGAUGCAUUUAGAUUUCGUAUCCUACCCCCUACCCAUGAGUUCAUGAUUUCAGCAACAAAACAAAACACAAAAAACACGCUCACAAGAUAAAGAGCUACGCGUAAUACAUUAUUUUUAUAUUAUAUUAUAUUAUUAUUAUAUUAUUAUUAUUAUUGUCAAGCAAGCAUCAACAUUAUUCGUGAGCGGAAAAUGCGUUAAAGAUAGGCAUACGCAAGAGGAAGAGAGGAGAAAGAGAGAGAGUGAUUCCGAGGUCCGGCAAGCACAGGCCGUGUGGACACAGUGGAAGACGAUGUACUCACAAAAAGCAGUAGUAGGUGCGGUUGGAAUAAGUUAUUUAAAAGAGCAUCGAGUUGCGGCCUUUUAUGUGUAUGUACAAUAUUCCUUCUAAAUAAGAUUCUAACGCUUAACGAGUAGUGGGGAGCAUUGAACGUAUCGUAUUUUUGUUUUCAUCGACGCUCUCGAAGCGCCAAUGUGUCCGAAGAAUGUGAACGAACCGGAGUCGUUUCCAUCUGUACAUAUCUUACCCAAUGUGACACACAGAAUCAAAAUUAUACUGACUUGUACUUGUGUUUGAUAGAAGAGAGAACAGAGAGCUCGCAAAAAUGGGCCUAUAAUAAGCACAAAAUCAAAAUCAUACUACAUUGAGAGUUUGCGCGCGCGUCUGGAGCGGCACAAUUUUUGAUUGACCCACUAUUUAAGUUUUACUACUAAUUUAUGCUUGAACAAAAAACACAGCAAACAGUGAUCGGUGAUCGUGAGUGAUCGUGAGACAGCUUUUAAAAAGGAAAGGAAGAGAGAAACAUGAGUUUACGAAUCAAAACAACGAUUUGUACGCGUACAAUGGAAGAGCACCGAUCAGGACUUAUAUGUUGUAUUAAUAUACUACACUAUCCCAGUUAUGAUUGUUGAUUUGUAAGCGAUAGAGUAGGAAGGUUAACGUAGCAAUAGACAUAACACCGAACUCCACGACCCGACCCGCCUUUUCCUCACACUUUGCCAAUGCCAUGAUUUAUCUACCGUUUUACACGCGCUGCUAAAACUUGUGCACGGAUAAUGUUUGGCCUAUUCCCACAUACACUCGCAACACACGCAAACACGCAUACCCGUCCAAUUCCAUACCACGCAAAAGAGUGGUCAUUUGCACUAACGGCAUCCAAUAAAGUUGCUGAGCAUGUUUCCUCCACCGUUGCCACCCGGAACAUGCCAUUUCGUACUUGUGCACGGUGUGUCGUCUUUGGUUGUGGUUAGGAUGGCCCGAUGAGCCCACGAUCGCUCGUUGAUUGAUGUGAGAGAAUCAUCGGCGCAACUUAUCUCCACCAUCCAUGAUCACCGAUAAAAAGGUAAAAUUAAAUUUGCAUCAGAAUACCCUGCCGGCAUUAGCGACUCGUUAGCGCGGGGCGAAGAAAGGAUCCUGUCAUCAGGUUUUAUUAACUGCGAUCGGCGGUGCUUCGUCGUCAUGAAGAUAGUUUUGGAGGUUGUGCAUUGACCGUGUUGUGUAAAUCACUUACAUUAGCAUCCGAUAGGCCGUCGGAUACACGGACCCAUGCGAUUGUUCAUUUCACAGGGUUAGGUAUUAGUGCUCCUUCUACGUCAAACGCUUCCUUCCGUUUCCAGAUUCGCAUCCGACGGUGAUGACGUCGAGCUGCGGAGAGUGACAGCUUUUCGUUUUAAUUAUUUUCCCUAGACUAAUACGUUAAAACCGCGCUUAGAAUAGAUUCUAGUCUGCUGUAAUUAUGUUAGUAGCAAUGUCAGCACAGCAUACGAGCAAACGAGCAAUCAGCUUAUUGAUCAAUAAACUGGCGAUACAAACGAGAAAACCCUCCAUUUUAUCCCUGCCCUCCGUUUAUCCAGGCUACCACAGCACAGCGCUGUAUUCUUGUAGCGUGACUGCUCCCAAAAAGGUGCCAAACUUGGGUACUGUGCGUACUGCUGUCUCAUCAAUAUACGCCCAAGAAACGAUUUCAAUAAUGCUUACUUCAUCCGUAUGACAUCAGAGUAUAACAAUCUACUAAACAAAACCGGAAAUGUAUGUCUUAACUGAAAGCAGAACCGAACAAUCACUCCAAUCCAUCGGCAAUAGGUCUGUGCGUGCAAAUUUGUGUGAAAAAACGGCAACUCAUGCGUGUGUGUGUGUGUGCCGUGGCAGAAGGAGUGUAUCAAUCGUACAUUUAAUGCAUUGCAAACAAUUUUGAAUAUUAUUAGCAACAGUAAAGAGCUGGCAAAAUAUGCCAUGAAAAUUGAAAUAGAAAA